GCCCUCACGGCCGCUCCGAACCGCCGCUGCGCCGCGGGGAGCAGUGGCAGCCGGCGGCGGCGAUGGCGGAAGCGGGAGAUGCUAAGGCGAGGGGUCCGCUGUCCGCGCUGCGGCCGCGAAUGGCGACGCUGGGCCGGCGGCUGGCAGCCCUCAAGGGAGCUGGCGGCGACGAUACGUUCUUAGCAAGAGGCUCUGCUACCUUGGAGAAAUUGAAGGAUCUUUGUAAUGAAGGGAAAGAACAUCCUUCAACACUUUUGCAGCUUUAUACACAGGCUGUCUUAGACAUUACAUAUUUUGAAGAAAACCAGCUUGUAGAUGAAUAUUUUCCAGAAGAAUCCUCCUUGCAAAAAGUUAAAGAACUUACUUGUGUUCUUUCAGAACCAGAGGACCUAGUGAGAGAAUACAACAUAAAUGAAGAACUCAUCAACAUCUUUGGUGCAGAGCUCCUAGAAUGUCUUUAUUGGAGAAAAGGAGCCCUGCUAUACAUGUAUUGUCAUACAGUAAAAGAAAGAAGUGAAUGGCUACAAGAAAACAUUGCCAUAUUUAAAAAGUGUCUUAAUGAUGGAGUUCAUUACCUGAUGAAGAUGCUGAGCUUUAGAUGCUCUCUUGUGUUAAAUGAAGAUACCUCACUGCAAGAUAAAGACACAGCUAAAUUGCUCAGUGAAGGUGUGUUUAGUGACACUCACUUACUGGCCAUGAUGUACAGUGGAGAAAUGUGCUACUGGGGACUGCAACACUGCGGAGAAGAGAAUCGAGAAAGCCGUGGAACAGUAGAUCCUGUUUCUAAUGUUGGCCUGGGCUGCAGAUCACAGAGUAUGUCACUUGAUUUCCGAGAAACAGGCAAAGCUACAUUAACAAAGUAUGUGACUAUAUGUGAGGGACCUUUAAAAGACCAAGGGUGGAACACAGCGACUGCAAAACAAAUCUUGUGUUACUUUAUGAAAACCCACAACUGAAGUAACUCUACUGUGGCUGUGCUGCAAGAAACUUUAUGUCCUAAGAGCACACUUUGGGAGGCGUUCUCUGCUUCAGUGUCCGACCAUUCUUCUCAUCAAAAUGUGUGCUUUUGUUGCAUUAAAAAAAAACACAAACCGAAACAAAACAUGGAUUCAAAGAACUCCUGGAACCACAGGUCCAAAGUCUGAUGAAGUAAUUUUUAAAAAGGAAUAAUAAUAAAAUAGAGAUAGUAAUAAAUGACGGUUUCAU